CUGAUUGUGAUUGCACACACACUCACACACACACACACACACACACUCACUCACGCACACACACAGGAGCGUAGCUGAGAGGCAAGGACUGCAGCAGCAUGCACCAACCGCGGCUGAGCUGUUCGGGGACACGAGGAAGGGGAAGUGAGGGGAGAAAAUAGUGUUGCCAUCUCACGAGCAGCGUGCAUCGUUUUUGCAGCCAUGGGAAGGAUGCAUUUCAAGAGCAGAUAGCUUAUGUUCUCCGGCCUCCUCUGCACUGCCUCUGCAUCCCGUUCACCCUGCUCCUCCCACUCUAACUCUUCCUCCUCCUCCUGUCUACAGCAUCAUUAGACAGGACUACAGAUUGACCGGGACUGGCGAGUGCUGGAUGGUCAGGUUUGCCCCGGCUGAAAGAUUUCUGCUCAGGCUAAAGCUACAUCUUCUCCUCCGAUGGCUGGAUUGUAACAUCGACAUUUGGAGCUAAAAACCUGCGAGGAAUCUUGGAUGUGUGUGAAUUCUCUCCCACUGUUGUCAUUGGCGUAUUUCCUCUAUUUGGCUGCUUGUGUUUGCCUUCUCUGAGACUGGCUAGCAGGCACUGCAGCAUCAGGACCGCAAGACCAAAGACCCGUGAAGUGGUAGGGCAUGAGGACCCAGGGGCGACCCAAAGGAAGGGCUUGAGUGCUUCCAUUGCUACCAUUGCUGCUGAGCUGAGUGAUUGGGACAGCGGGUGGAAGAGAAGAUGCUGAUGGCCCGAGACACGGCGCGGGAUGAGGCUCAGAAGCUACACAGGAAGUGGCUGAAGCACCAGGCCUUUAUGGCAGAACUGGCCCGCAAUAAGGAAUGGCUGGCCAAGAUAGAACAGGAGGGUCAGGAGUUGAUCCAGGAGAAGCCGGAGCUGCGUCCGGUGGUUCAGCAGAAGCUGGAGGAGAUCAGAGAGUGCUGGUCCGACCUGGAGACCACGACCAAGGCCAAGGCCCGCCAGCUCUUUGAGAACAACAAGCCUGAGCCAUCGGUGAAGAGCUACUCAGACCUAGACAACCAGCUGUCGCACCUGGAGCAGCAGCCGCCGCAGCUGGAGCAGGCUCACCAUCUGCCCACCUUCAAUGAGCAGCUCCAGAAGUUCCAGGCCAUGGAGUCUCAGAUCGGGGACUUCUACAAGGAUGUGGGGGAUCUGGGGAGCCUGCAGGGGGUCUGCCUCCCCCAGAGAGGGCUGAUGGCAGGCGACAGGGAAGGCGGUGAGCAAUCAGCCGUGGUGGAGACCCGCAUCGUGCGCCUCAUCGAGCCCCUGAAGGAGAGACGCCGCAUCCUGCUGGCCUCCAAAGAGAUGCACCAAGUCGCCCAGGACCUGGAGGACGAGAUAAUGUGGAUUCAGGAGAGGCUUCCUCUGGCGUCCUGUAAGGAUUAUGGGAAUAACCUCCAGAGUGUUCAACAGCAUGUCAAAAAGAACCAGACUCUGCAGAGGGAGCUGACGGGGCGGCGGGCUCGUGUGGAGGAGGUUCUGGACCGGGCGGGGAUCAUCGCCUCGCUCAGGACUCCUGAGGUGGAGUUUGUGCGUGAGGGGGCGGGCCAUGUGCGCCAGCUAUGGGAGGUUCUGCAGCUGGAGGCGGAGAGGAGGUCUGUGAUAUUGGACGCCACUCUACAGUCUCAGCAGUACUACAACGAGGCGGCCAAAGUGGAGUCCUGGUUGUCGGGACAGAAGCUCCAUCUGGCCAGCGAAGAGAAAGGAACGGACGAGGCGAGCACGCUGCAGCUGCUGAAGGCUCACCUGACUCUGGAGCAAACGGUGGAAACAUACGCAGAGACAGUGGGCAUGUUAUCGCAGCAAUGUCAGCACCUAUUGGAGCUCGGACACCCAGACAGUGAGCAGGUCACCAAGCAGCAGUCGCACAUAGACCGGCUGUACGUUUCUCUGAAGGACAUGGUGGAGCACAGGAAGACCAAGCUGGAGCAGCAGUACUGGCUCUAUCAGCUCAACAAGGACGUGGAGGAGCUGGAGAAGUGGAUCACCGAGCGAGAGGCCGUUGCCAGUUCCACUGAGCUGGGACACGACCUGGACGAUGUCACGGUGCUGCAGGAGAGAUUCACAAAGUUUGCCUCAGAGACAAACAGCGUGGGUCAGCAGCGCAUGGAGCAGGUGAACAAGAUGGUGAACGAGAUGAUCGACUGCGGCCACUCUGACGCCGCCACCAUCGCCGAGUGGAAGGACGGGCUGAACGAGUCGUGGGCCGACCUGCUGGAGCUGAUGGAGACCCGCAGGCAGAUGCUGGCGGCGUCUCACCAGCUGCACAAGUUCUUCACCGACUGCAAAGAGGUCUUGGCUCAGAUCGCGGGGAAGAUGAAGCAGCUGCCAGAGGUGAGGGCGUGCCAAGCCAACAUCACCAACCCGGCCACCCUGCAGAGACUGAUGCACUCCUUCGAACAUGCCCUUCAACUGCUCGUCGCACAGGUGAGGCAGCUGCAGGAGAACGCCGCCCAGCUGAGAACCAUCUACGCUGGAGAAAAAGCAGAGGCCAUCAUGGUCAAAGAGCACGAGGUGAUGGAGGCCUGGAAGGAGCUGCUGGGCUCCUGCGAGGCCAGUCGAGUCCAGGUCACCUCCGUCACCGACAAGGUGCAGUUCUUCUCUGUGGUGCGUGAAAACCUGAUGUGGAUGGAGGGCAUCAUGGGCCAGAUAGGAUGGGGUGAGCCCAGGGAUUUGACGGCUCUGGAGGGGAUGAUGAGACAGCACCAGGAGUUGAAAGCCAAAAUCGACGGCCGCAGCAAGACCAUCCAGCAGUGUGCAGACCUCGGCAAGAUCCUGAUUGCUGCGGGAAACCCUGCAUCAGAGGAGAUACAAGAGAAGCUGGACAGCCUUCUGGCUAAGCAGAGGGAUCUCAUAGAGAAAUGGGACAAACACCAGGAGAGGUUACUGCGCAAGCAGGAAAACUUCCAGUUCGCACAGGAGACGGUGAAGGCGGAGGCCUGGCUGAAGGCCAAGGAGCCACUGAUCACCUCCAGGGAGCCGGAGGGAGGCGAGGCCCGGGCCCAAACAGACGAGGUUGAGCAGCUCAUCCUUCGCCACGAGGCCUUCCGCAAGGCUGCUGUAACCUGGAAAGAACGCUUCAGCUCUCUCCGCCAGCUUUCCGCAGCUGAGAAGAAAAAAGAGGAAGAGAAAAAGACAACACCACUCUCCAGUCGAAGGAUGUUCCCAUUAUCUUGUCUGACUCCCAGCGUUCCCUCAACCAGCGCUACCUCAUCUUUCUUGAGGCAUACCGUACAGGGGCAUUUAGAAUCCAAACCCUUACAGACCAGUCUGGAUCUGGGUGCCACCCCUGCAGCCCAGAGAUUGUCCUUGUCCAGCUACCACCCUGUCCUAAAUGGAUCAGGUUACCAGGGGAUGGAGCAGCAGGGCAGUGGGAAGCUGGUCGGCUCCUCGUACCUUGGAAUGAACCAUCCUGGGGCCGGAGCUGGAAGUGACUCCGGUUUCUCAGCGAUGACCUCCCACAGUGCUGGAGGAGACACUUCGUCUUACCUUGGGAUAAACCAUCAAACUGCUGGCAGUGCAGAGAGCUCUGGGUACUUUGGUCUGAAUACUGGGUCGGGAGGUGGAAUGCAAAACCAUCUUAGCAGUGGCAGGUUAGGAAGUUCAGGUAACCUAGCUCAGCCACCAAGCAGUGUAGGGAUGGGAAGCCCAAGCUAUCUGCCUCAACAAAAUAUGGGCAGUUCUGGAUAUUUGGCCCAAACACAAAAUGUGGGAAGUUCUGGGUAUUUAGGACAGCAACCUAAUUUAGGGAGUUCAGGAUAUUUGGCACAACAGCCUAAUAUGGGUAGCUCUGGCUAUUUGGCACAGCAACCCAAUUUGGGGAGUACUGGGUAUUUGGCACAGCAGCCCAACAUGGGGAGUACUGGGUAUUUGGCACAGCAGCCCAACAUGGGGAGUACUGGGUAUUUGGCACAACAGCCUAACAUGGGGAGUACUGGGUAUUUGGCACAACAGCCUAACAUUGUGAGUUCUACAUACCUAGCACAGAAUUUUCAGAGCGGUGGGGGAAUGGGUAGCUCAGGCUUCCUGGCACAAAAUCAUUACAGCAGUGGAAGUCUGGGUAGUUCUGGAUUCCUGGCGCAGAGUGGUGGUAUCAUGGACCCUAAGAUGGCGUAUGCAUGGCAGCACCUGAAGGCCGACUUCAUGCAGCCCAGAAUCAACCACAUCCACAAGGCAGUUAACCCCCUACUAGAAGCAAGCAGAGUGCAGCGGGAACAGUACGGGGACAUCCCAAUGGCAGAUAUGGGGCCAGAAUCAGGGUUGGAACUCCUCCACGGCCGACUCCAGAGAGAUCCUCGUGGAAGUCGCUCUGAUCCUCAGAUGGAUCAUCUAAGGCGAGAAAGGGAGUACAAACUGGGAAGACAGACCUCCAGCGAGCAGGAGAUCCAGGCCAGGCUGAACGAGCUGCCAUUGAUUGUGCGUCAGGAGCGCUACCGGAGGCGUCUGGAGAGGCAGUCGUCCAGCGAACAAGAAGGGAGCAACAAGCAGAGAAUUCAAAGGCAGGACUCCAGUGACCUGGAAGGCUCCAUUAAGGAUGGCUCUGACAAACGCUCAGGGGAGAAGAGAAAUACUAUGGCAGAGAUUGUAGAACAGGUCCAGGAGAGAGAAGCAGCAUCUGCACGGGGAGAGCCUUACAGGCCUUCUAGCAGCCUCUCAGCACCUGUGACUCGUUUUGACGGACGUCCUCGUGCUCGAGAUCGACCCAAACCCAGGAGGAGGCCUCGUCCUAAAGAGCCAGAGGAGACAAGACGUUCUCGCUCAGCUCCUGCUACUGGUGCCCCAACUACACCGCAGCCACCUUCACACACUGCCCAGAAUGAAGGUUUCCUCUACCGCAAAAAGGCCACCACCUCUGACCUUGAAGCUCAGCAGAGGAGUCCAAACAGCAAGUCCUGGGUGAAUGUAUACUGUGUGCUGAAAGAAGGAAAGCUGACCUUCUACAAGGAUGCCAGAAACCAGACCGUGACGUACAACGAGGAGCCUCCGGUCGACCUCAGUAUCUGCUCAUACGAUCCUACAAUGGGCUACAAGAAGAAGAAAAAUGUCUUCAUUCUGAAAUUAAGUGAUGGAAACAACUUUGCCUUCCAUGCAAAGGAUGAGGAGGACCUGAAGGCCUGGACUUCAAACAUCACCACCUGUAUAGAUGAGUACGAGGCCAUGGUCAAGUGGGACAAGCCGGGCACCUCGUCCAUGGACCCCGACCAUUCGGAGAGGAAGGAGAGGUCUGAGGGGGACGCGGAUGCCAGGUCAGAGAGGUCCGAGCUGGCCGAGGGCGAGGAGAGGUCUGAAAAGGAGAGGUCAGAGAAAGGGGACGGCUCGGAGAAGUUAGACACGUCAGAAAUCGCUGACAAAAUGGAGGGAGGUGCAGGGGGCUCCAGCACGUCUGGCAAGAGCAAAUGAAGAGCCCCCCACUUUGUGUUUUAACAUUUCUCACUGACUAAAGGCGUAGGAGG